AUGAUCCUCCCGCGAAUUCUCCACGGCGCCUGGCGACGUUUGAAACGGUCCACCGAGCGCAUCUACGGCCAUGGUUCGUUUUGGCCCAUCAGCUCUGGAUUUGUGCUCUGUAUCCUUUUACUCUACUACUUCUUGGGUGAUCAAGGUUCAAAAGAGCCGCUGUUUCCCGACAUGCGAUAUCCCGGCAGCACUAUUCGCAUUUUGUACAUCGAACCUGGCAGCGGCAGGGAUUGGAUAUAUGCGAGUUUGAAACCUGUGGCCCUGGCGGAACGACCGGAAUAUGAUGCCGUGUCUUAUUCGUGGGGCGAACCAACCGAUAAGAAGAAGAUUUUCGUGAACGGGAACAAGAUCGAGAUUACCAAAAAUUUGCACCAUGCUCUCGUCAAUUUCAGGCACCGAUCUAAGACGGUUGCGCUCUGGGUUGACCAAAUUUGCAUAAACCAAGCAAAUUUAGAAGAAAAGAGUAGCCAAAUUCCUCUCAUGACAACGAUAUACAGCCGGGCAAGGUCUGUUCGCCUGUGGAUGGGAAAGCAUCUGGCUCCGAGAUGGGUCGAAAACGCAGAUGUACUGGACUGGUCUGGAGACUGGGCCGUCGCGCAUGCAGCCCAGUAUCCCGCUUCCGCGAAGUAUUGGCUCUACCGGCUAGCCGAGGAAGAAUAUUGGAAGCGAACUUGGGUGAUCCAAGAACUUGCCAUGGCUUCAAAUAUCCACGUGCAUUUCGGUUCACGUCACCCUAUCCCCUGGGAUUCAUUCAUCCGCCUCGUCGAGUGGUAUCGACAAGAAGACCCGAUGGCAGAUGUCCAUCGGAUCCUCAGGCUGGAUGCGCUAAGGAAGACGAUGUAUCAGGACCGAGCAACAUUUGAGCUGGCAGAUCUUCUGACUACCUUCUACGACUCGUUCGCUACUGUUCCACAUGACAAGAUAUAUGCCUUUGUUGGCAUGGCUAAUCAGUGCCGUGACGGAUGCAUCGACGUCAACUACAACAACACAUUGUAUCAAGUUUACGAAGAUGUCAUGCUUACCCUGAGCGAGUCCUCAGACAACCCGUUGCAGACACAGAUUCGAACUGUGCACGACGCCAGCGUGAUCCGACAGAGCCUUGCAAGAGGAUCCAAAAAGGUGCACAAAAAGUUGAAGUACCUGGGCAAAACGGCCGACCCACAUUCUUACUACUACCAAACGUGCGGCGAUGAAAAGGCUAUCCUCUGCUCUAGCGAAAUGGACCCUUCAGGCAACAUCUCAUACAAUGCUGGGUUGAAUGAUGCCGGGUGGGACGCUCUCAGUUGGUUAUUCUCCUUCAUCUGGCGAAAGCCCGUGAGGUACACCAUGAUAGCACUACCUAUGGAGACAGAGUCCAGUGACAUGUGGCCCCCACAAGAAGACGAACGAGAACGAGCCAGUAACAUUUUUAAAAUUCGCGGGAUUGUCGCCGGCACCGUCGGCCACAUAGGUCCGCCCCUCUCAGCUUUCCUCGAGGAUGCCAGGGUUGCGGCGCGGUGGGCGAAAGAAGUUGACGUGUAUCCUACAAACCGAGACCGUCGGAGGGCUCGAGGCGUGAACGAAAGAUUUAUGAAUCUACUGAGUGUAUCACCAUACGCACUCAUUAUGCGAGCAGGGCCCCUCCAAUUACCGGCUAAGGGAGGAAGAGAGGACGAUCCCAAUUUGUUUCUGGGCUCUACCGUCAUGGCUGGCAUAUUGCCAGCCGAUGCGCGCUCGGGUGACCUGAUUGUCCAGUUCUGGGGGUCAAAUUCUGUCUUGGUUGUUCGAGAUGGGACUGAUGGACGCCGUGACUUCAUCGGAAGGGCCCUCAUUGUCAAGGACGACGAUUUUGAUUGGGACAGCCCGAGGGACAGCGAGUUCUUCCAAGACGAUUCAUCGCUUGUCAUCGACUUGGAAGUCAAUCUUGCAAAUCUCACUCUACUCUCUCUGGAUGGUGUGCAGCUUGAUGGUAGUUGAAGUGAGGCUUUCGUAGUCUAGAUACCACGCGCAAUACCACAACUGGUCAACAUCUGACGCUCAUGACGUCAUUUGCUCCUUUUUUUCAUUACGACUCACAAAGCCUGCGAUUUGCAGAUAUUGUUGGCACUCUCAGCGAAGAGG